AUGUCUGGCGAGGAUGUCGAGAACUACGUGAAGUUCCAUAGAUUUCGCUUAAGCAAGAAACUUCCAGCAAUGAAGAUCUUUGUGUGUUUGUUCGCUACACUCGUUGCCACUUGCUCGGCUGGCAUCCUUGGUGGUGGCGGCGGUGGCUAUGGUGGUGGUCAUCAGGAAAUCAAAACUGUUAAGGUCAUCCAUGAGGAGGGCGGCCAUGGUCAUGGCGGCGGUUACGGCGGCGGACAUGGUGGUUUCAGCGGCGGUCACCAGGAAGUGAAGACCAUUAAGGUCAUCCAUCAGGAAGGUGGCCAUGUGGGCGGCGGUGGCUUCUCGCAUGGUGGUUUCUCCGGCGGACAUGGCGGUGGCCAUCAAGAGAUCAAGACUGUAAAGGUUAUUCAUCAGGAAGGCGGCCAUGUGGGCGGCGGCAGCAUCGGCGGUGGUUACUCCUACGGCGGCGAUCAUGGCGGACACCAAGAAGUCAAGACUGUUAAGGUGAUUCACGAGGAGGCCGGUGGACAUGGACAUGGACACGGCGGUUUCUCCGGCGGACACGGCGGCGGUCAUCAAGAGGUGAAAACUAUUAAGGUCAUCCAUGAGGAAGGUGGUCAUGUAGGUGGCGGCAGUAUCGGCGGUGGUUUCGUGGGCGGACACGGCGGCGGUCACCAGGAAGUGAAAACUAUUAAGGUGAUCCAUCAGGAAGGCGGCCAUGUCGGCGGCGGUGGUUACUCGCACGGUGGUUUCUCCGGCGGACACGGCGGCGGCCAUCAAGAAAUCAAGACUGUUAAGGUUAUUCACCAGGAAGGCGGCCAUGUAGGUGGUGGCAGCAUCGGCGGUGGCUACUCCUAUGGUGGUGACCAUGGAGGACACCAGGAGGUCAAGACUGUCAAGGUGAUUCACGAGGAAGCCGGUGGACAUGGACAUGGACACGGUGCUGGUCCUGGUCCCAGCCUAGAGUACCUGCCUCCCGUUUCAGCACCCGCCCCCGGCUAUCUGCCCCCCUCCGGUGGCUGGAAAUAA